UUGCCGGCAUUUGGAAAGAAAAUUCAGAAUCCCGCGCAAGAGUAACAUAACAUAACAGCCAUCGGUCAUAGCACCAGCACCGUCACCGCACUCUUAUUCCGAUUUCAUUUCGCCCGCAUUUUCCGUCCACCCGCAAUGGACGAACCGGAGUCAGUAACCGCAGAGAGAGUGCCCCAUCCUCCCUCUCCGAAGUUAGGGUUUCCUCUCACCGACGCCGGCGCCGCAAACCGUGUCGGCGGUCUCAGCACCAUCCUCGUUGCUUCAAUUCAAGACGCCAAGGACCGCAUCGCGCAGAUCGAGUACGUCUUCUGCUCCCAGCUUUAUCCUCAAUUUAAAUCCGACGCGGCAUCGAAACGGCGUCACAUCGACCAGCUCCAGCGCGAGGUCGACGAGAACAUGGCGCUGCACAAGAACCUCGUGGACUUGGUGCAGUCCAAGGUUUCCGCUCUGAAAGACGCCGAAGAGAAGCGAAACGCUGCGUUUUCGAAAUUGGAGGACUGCGAGAGCGAGAAGGUGAAGUUGCUCGCAAGAAUCGAGGAGUUGGAUGAGAAACUGAGGAGGAAGACGCGAGAAGUUGAAGAGGAAAGGGCGCUGCUAGAGCGCGUGGAGGCGCUGACGCGUGAGUUGCAGGAUGAGAAGGCAAAGAAGAAUCGCGUGACUGAGGCGUAUAAGAGGCUUAAGUCUCAGCACGUUUACCUCCGACGGAAGGUUGGUCUCUGUGAGGAGAAUGUGGUUGAACAGAACAAAUUCGAGAGUGGGAGUGAAUUUGGCACACGUCAGAGUCCGGUCGCUGAACUUGUUCUUGCAUCUGAGAAUCCAAAUAUCACUAUGGGUGCUUGUGAAGCUGCUGAAGUGAGGAACGAAAUCCCAUUGGAAGACUUUGGAGGCCUUGAAAGCAAAACUCCAGAUGUGUUUGUUACUGGGUGUGAGAUAAACGAAGUGAAGUUGAAGCCGUCUGAGGAGGAUAGAGGAGCCAAUUUGAGUUCUCCAUCCUCUGGUUUUCGUGAUGUCCCUAAAUUUCCAUCCACUACAAAAUUAGUCUCUGUAUCCAGUACAAAGCGGCCAGCAUCUUCCUGGAGGCAAACCCGGACUCAUCAAAGUCGAACAGGUCCUGACCCUCAUGACGAUUUUCUUGACACUCCUCUGGAGAAUAUCAGAGGAAAUUUAAAUAAGGAUUUCAAUAAGGAGGACCUCCCAAACCCGAUUCAGGAAGACAUUAACAACGACAGCUCAGAUGAUGAAACACAGGAUAUGGCUGCCAAAAGCAGUCCUCAGAAGAAGCUAAAGCAAUAUUCUAUAAAUGUAGUUGACCAAAGAAGUUACAAGUAUGUUGAGCCAGUGAGAAAAAAAGCCGAGCGUGAAAAUUUAAAAGGAGUUGAGUGCAAACAAUGCAGAAAGUUUUAUGAUGCUGUUCUUCCUAAUGCUGAUGGCAAGGAUGCUGACAGUAAGCAGAACUUCCGCUGUGAACACCUAGAUGGUGUUUCUAGGCACCGAUAUAGGUAUGUUCCGCCCAUGACUCCUGAGGGAUUUUGGAAUAUUGGAUUUGAAUCUGAAAUGUAAGAGUAUAUUUUAGACCUAUUACUAUUUGAUUUAUAAAUGAAUUCUGUAUCCAAUUGAAAUUUGUCCCAACUUUAGUUUCUUGGUAAAUCUAGAAAAAUAACUCUUAGGAACCUUGAACAUUAGGUACAUUAUUAACUGGUACAUUGGUAAUCUCAAUGCCAAGAGGCAAAAUUUACCUUUGUACUUCAUACUAAGCCCGAUUGGACUAAUGCAUGUACUACUAGUUGUAGAUA